ACUCCACACAACCAAAUCAGCCAAAGUGAUGGCUCCAAUCCGCCGCUACCUACGCAUAACGCGCUACUCGGUCCUCGAAGUCCGCAUCUACCUCGACAACCCGGCACUAGCCAACUCGUGGCUCCUCAACUCUCGCGACCCAGUCCUUCCGCGAGUGAUCGAAGCUGUGCGGCCACUUGUGCUGCCGAAGUUGCGCGAAGAAAACGAGAAUGCGAAGAAGAAGGGUGGGAAGAAGAAGAGGGGGGUCAGGGAUGUUGUUGUGCAAGACGACUUCGAGGUCUCCAUCUUCCUAACCGAAACCUCGACCUCCCACGCCAUGCUCACGAAACAAAAAACAUUUUCCUCGAAACCGAAGCUACAGAGCAAUACCAGCAAAUUGACGAAUUAUUUCAACACGUCCGAAACUGCUAUCCGGGUUGAAGAUGAUGGGGACGAGGUGCCGGCGAUUUUGCUCGAGGAAGAUGCAGAGGAGACGAGGAUGGGAGAUAUUCCUGAAGUUGGUGCGAGUACGCGUGGCAAGCGUGCUCGUGAGGAAGAGGAUUCGAUCUUUGUGCAAUCGGGAGAUGAAGAAGAGGAGGAAGAAGAAGACGAACCAGCACCGAGGAAAAAGAAAAAGAGCAAGAUUACAGAUGUGGAUGCGGAAGCGGAAGAAGACGAGGAUAAGAAAAAGUUGGGCAUGAAGACUGCAUAUGAGGGUUUCAGUAUCUACGGCCGCAUAUUGUGUUUGAUCGUUAAACGCAAAGGUGUCAAGAAACCUACCACCGGACAAGCGGCAGGGAGCCAGAUGUUGGAGAAUUGGGUCAGUACGCAGGCGGAUAAUGAAGGUGUGCUUGAGGAUGCCGAAGAUGGAUGAAAGAGAUGCUGCAAUGCUUUUGAGGAAAGAGAUUAUGCUAUAUACAAGGGAGAGAGCUUAUGCAGCUUUCUUGUUUCGGAGGGCGGUAGGAUCGGUGGGCUGGUUGUUGAUGUCAGACACCACGAUACCCAGGAUCCAGCAGUUUAUGCCGAAGAAAGCCAUACUGGCUAGCCACAGUCCUGGGACAAAGGUCGAGUGGCCGAGGAAUUCGAGCUCGUAUCCUUGAUGCAGCCACAGAGCCUG